AUGGCCCCCUCUCAAAGGUUCCGCCUGGGCAGCAGCCUCAUGAGCUGGGACAGCGCUCAGACGCACUGCAGGACUCUCUCCACGGACCUGGCCAAGGUCAGGGACCUGGCGGACAACGAGGAGCUGAAGAGGAUGGCGACGAAUUACCCGAUCUGGAUCGGGCUGACGGGGACCGCCUGGGCGUGGUCCGAUGGCAGCGAACCCACGUACACGCCCUGGAGCCAGCAGGACCCCGCGCCCAACGGAAUCGCAGACUGCGCCGUGCUCGAUGUCAGCAGCGACCCCCUCGGAAUGAUCGAGAGCAACUGUGCCGUGCCGCAGCCCUUCAUCUGCUACGAAGACGCGGUGAGGGAGCGCUUGGUGGUACUGAAGCUGACCGCCGACUCCUCGUUGGACAUAACGGACCCCGCCGUGUUGGAGUCCAUCUUGAAUACGGUGGCGAUGAAGCUGAAAGAACAAGGAGCAUCUAAAGAUGUGCACCUGAGAUGGAGGAAUGUUCCAGAGAAGCUGAUUAUACCCGAAGAAGCGGAGAAUAUAACUGACAUAGUGUGUCCCUCGGUAUUCGACUGAGCUUGUUUUGAUCCCUGCAGAUACUUCUUAUUUUAAUAUUAUACAACUACAGUUUAUUCUUAAACAUCCUGGUGUUCUGAGUAAGUUCUAAUUAUAGUUUAUAUGAGUUGUUUAUCAUAUGGAUUGGGUUGUUUUAGUUGAUGUUACCUUUAGAUGCAAACAUGCAAUAUUUUUAUGUCAUCCUCUAAAAGUGUUGAACGAUUUGCAGUGAUAACAUCUUUAAAUGUAUAACUUUCUUCUGCCCAAAAAACUAAUUUUAAACUUAGCAUCAAAACAUGUAUCUGUGUCUCUGCAUCCUGGCGCUCAGAGGAAUUUAUUUUAUUACAUUUAGUGAUUUAGUAAUAUCUAGUCAUUUGACCAAAUAUCCAUCUGAUUGGAACUCUGAAUUGUUGCAUGUCUUUUUUUGUGUGCAUUAAACCUGCUUAUAUACAUUUUAA